GAGUGAUGGCUGACGCUCCGUUUGAAACUGAAUGGAAGCAAGCGGAGAAAUCGUUCAAAUAAAAGGAGAUUAUUACUCUUAUCCGCCGGAAUUAAACUAAUUAAGGAGCAGCACAGAGAAGCGCAAUGUCGGCUCCUCUUCCUCAGAAGGCUCUGGCUACGGCUCUGUCCACCGUUCCUCCAUCUCAGGCUCAGUCUGGCCUGCCGCCGGGUGUUCCUCCACCUGGUGCGGCUCCUCAGGGUGCUCUGCGGGAGAUCUCACCCGUUUACCUGUGCCGAAUCGGACAGGAGACCGUGCAGGACAUCGUCACCCGCACCAUGGAGAUCUUCCAGAUCACACGGGCCACACAGCUGCCCAACGGUGUGACCCAGAGUCAGGCGGCGUAUCAGGACCGCUUCGGGAAGCUGCAGGAGCAUCUGCGUCAGCUGACUUUACUCUUCCGGAAGCUGCGUCUGCUGUACGAGCGCUGUGUGGAGAUGACCUCUGACCUCCAGGAGACUCCAGCCGAGCUGGUGCCGUAUGUGGGCGAGGAGGUGUCUGCUGUGAGAGUGGAGCUAUGCAGUCCUGCGGUUCUACAGGAGAGACAGGAGGUUCUGGAGAAAGUGAGGCAGAAGAACCAGGAGAUGAAGAUGCUGAUGGACCAGAUGAGGAACCUGCUGUGGGAUGUUAAUGCCAUGCUGACCAUGCGGAAAUAACAGCCAUUCUGGCACACAUCAGAACACCUUCAUCCAUAUCACGCACAAUAUUGACUAUAUCCUGACACGUGAGCUCAGUCUCGGCAGCUCUGUGUGGUGCUGCCUCAUUUACUAUGGUAAAUCUCAGCUCUCUGAUUAACAUCUGCUUCAUCAGGCACUGAAUUAUGAGCAGUGAAAUGGUGUAAUUCUGAAAGCCGUGCUGCUGAUGUAGGCGGGCUUGUGAAUGAGGUUUGUAAAUAAUAAUGUUUACACUUUGGUCUUUUGUUCACUGAAACGUUUCACACUUUUGUACUGUGGUGAAUCGAGGGUUUUACACUCCUCAAAUCUGCAAAGACAGUCUAAAAGAGUCUCGUGUAUUGUGGAGUGCUCGUUUUUUUAUUGUAAACUAAAUUUGUUUUGCACAAAA